AUGGCUGCCGAAAUGUUUGGCCCCCAGCCCGUCUCCUACGGCGCCCGCUUCAGCAUCAGCUCCUCGUCGUCCAGCCAGGCCUCGCCCUCGUCCAGCGAAUCCCCCCGGACCACCCCCAGCGUAAUAGACUUCCAGUAUCUCCCGGACCCCAACUCAAUCGACGGCAUCGUCCCCAAGAUCGAGGAGCUGGACGACGACGAUGACACGUCCAAGAUCUCCCCCAUCACCAACGAAUCCGUGCCCUCCCCGGACCGCAUUGUCGUGAAGCGCCCGCGAGGCAGGCCGCGGAAGCACCCCAUCGCACAGCCCGCCUCCAUCACCAAGCCCCCCAAGGGCCGCUCCAAAACCGGCUGUAUAACGUGCAGGCGGAGGAAGAAGAAGUGUGACGAGACUAAACCGGCUUGCUUGCAUUGCCAGAAGAACAACGUCCACUGCGAGGGCUACCCGCCCAAAGAGUUCUGGAAGAGCGGAAGGCAGAGGUCCAUCGUUACCCGCAGACAUAGCUCCGUGUCCGUGAACUUGCCCGUGCUCAUCGACGGAAUUGAGACCGACAUUGACCGCAAGUUCCUGGACCACUUCCACUUCAACGUCAGCCGCGUGCUCAGCCUGUUCGACGACGUUGGAGGCAACCCCUUCACCAAGAUCCUGAUCCCCAUGGCCAUCAGGCAUCGUGGCUUGAUGCAUUCGCUGCUGUGCCUUGCCGGCUCCCACGUUUUGUUACGCGAGAAAAAGCCCGAGUACGAGCACAGGCAGGCCUACCAUUUCGAUAACGCCAUCCGGAAUCUCCGAACGGACGAAAACAUGCAGCGGAGAUUCUCCGGAGACGACACCGCCGUUAUCGAUGACCCGACGGUCGCACAGACGCUGAUCCUCUGCCUCAAGUCCGUUACUGCGGGCGAGACCGACGGUUCCUAUCGCGCUCACAUGGAUGCCGCGAGACAUCUGAUCCAGAACCAAGAGUCUCCCAACAAGGAAUUCCAAGCCUUCCUGGUCGAGUUCUUCGUCUACCAUGACGUCGCCAAUUCCGUGACCGCCACCGACCGGAGAAGUAUUCUCAUGAUGGAUGACUUCCACCUCCCAGAAUACAUGAUCCAACCCGAGGCGGCCACCCUUCUCGGCGUCGUGGACGGCCUGUUCCGGAUAAUUUCCAACAUCAGGAAAUUGCGCGACAAGAUCAGAGCGAAGAAGGUGCAAGGCGUCAACCCGCCCGUAGAUUACGAGAUUCUCAACGAUGCCGUUUCCAUCGACCAGGAUCUGCGCGAGUGGAAGUGCCAACAAGAUGACGAAUACCGCUACUACACGUCCAUGCUCUACCAAGCAUGCACCUGGAUCUACCUCCACCGGACCAUCAAGCCUUCCAAGCCGGACCCCGCGCUGCACGAGGCCGUGGACAAGGGACUCGAAUACCUGGACAAACUGCCACCGACGUCGAAUACGCAAAGCGUCCUCCUCAUGCCGUUGUUCCUCUUGGGCUGUGCUGCAUUCGAGCAGCAUCAACGCACCCCCAUCAGCGAGGGCCUUGACAAGCUGCAAGACUACUCCAACCUCGGCAACAUCAAGUACGCACGCGAGGUCGUGCACACGGUAUGGGAGAUGAUGGAUUCCGGCAACGAGGACUCGUGGGAUUGGGAGACCAUCAUCGUCAACAAGGGUUGGGAUUUCCUGAUCACUUGA